GCGUCUACAAUGCAAUGUUGUUCUUCCGGCAAUGUUUUUCACGGCAGAAUUUCCUUGGUAUGUUGUACUGAUACACCGAGCUGCCGUUGGUGGAGUCGCGCUGUUUGAUGAUGCAAAACUUAGCACAUUUGUUUACGUUUGUUCCAACAAGAACAUUCUGUACUGAAAUGAUUUACCGUAUUUGUAUUUGGACGCUUCUUGUCGCGUGACCAAGCUAGGAUAAGAGUCUUUUGUUUUGCUUUGGUAAUUCCUUCAUGUUCCUCUGACAUUUUUUAAAUUGUAUUUUAAAAUUGAAUAUCGCUUAGUUUUCACGUUGUACAAAAGAAUUUAAAAAGAAUUGAAAAAGUAAAUGGUGUGUAAAACGACAGUCUUCGGUAGCGUGAGGCCCAAUAGGAGGUAAAAAAAAAAAAAAAAAAAAAAAAAAGAGUCUUGUAUUUCCUGUCGAGAAGUUUAGAAGACUAACAUGAAGAAAUUUAUCAUGGGAUUUGUAGCUUUUUGUACCAAUCACGGUCAAGCAAGAUGUCACUGUAAGAUUUAAUGUUUGCAGUGAUCCUAACACACCAGCUAUAAGUUAUCUGAAGUCGAAGUAAAACCAGUUAAAACAGUUUCAACGUAAUCGAAAGCUCAACGUUGACACAUUGAUGGCUAAUAACAACAGUUCUCAAGUGAAGGAAUGCCUCACACACUUCGACAUGGCUGGGGAAAGCAAACCAGGAUCGAGCCAAGACACAACGGAUGGCUCUUCAUCGAAACGAAAGUACAGCGAGUCCUCCAGUACUGAAGUCACUGACCCAAGGCAAAAACCAGGCACUGAGGCACAGGCCGGAGAUACACAGUGUGAGGGAAAGCUGAAUAAAGAACCUGAGUGCCACAUGCAGCUGGACAAACUGUCUGCAGACAGGAAUCACACAGUGCUUAUAGAUAUAAACGAAUUUAAUGCUGGCAGAAUAGUUCCAUAUAAGGGAAAGCAUCAUUGGGACCACCUCCAUGUGAAAUUACCCCAAUGUUAUCCACUGAAUACCAUGGGGUCUCGCUGGGCAGCCAUAGAGAAAGCUCUGAAAAAGCUUACAGAUAAGGGUGUUUCAGUAGGAGAUGUUGAGAGGGCCAUUAAAACUUACAAUCACUCCCACAGGAGGGACUGGAAUUUCGAUGCCCUUUCCUCAUAUGUUGCGCAAGUGCCAAAGCUGGAGAACAAUUUUCCCAAUGUGAUCUCAAAAAUGGCCAAACUUGCACUGAAGUUGCCUGAGCUCAUCCAACAUCCCAUCCCUUUGCUGAGGCAGAAGUGCAACCAUGCCAUAACGAUGUCCCAGGAGCAGAUCUCCUGCCUGCUGGCCAAUGCGUUCUUCUGCACCUUUCCCCACAGAAAUGCAACUCAUCCCAACAGUGAAUACGGCAAUUUCCCCACCAUCAACUUCAGCAGCCUGUUCGCUGAAAGGUCUCCACGGAAGUUUCAGAAGCUGAGAGCCCUUUUUCACUACUUCAACACUGUAACCAAAGAAGACUCCAAACCUGAUGGACUGGUCACUUUUGAAAGAAUUAGCAUUAAACCAUCUGAGUGCCCUGAAUGGAAUAAGCAGAAGGGAAAUUUGACCAGCCUCCAGGUGUACUCGAAAGGCUGCAUCGAGAAGGAAGGUAAAGGCAUGCUGCAGGUGGAUUUUGCUGCCAAGAUGGUAGGUGGAGGAGUGCUCGGGCGAGGACUGGUGCAGGAAGAGAUUCGCUUCAUUCAGUGCCCUGAACUGAUUGUGGCCAGGCUCUUCACAGAAAAACUGGCUGACAAUGAAUGUCUGAAGAUCACAGGCGUCCAGAUGUACAGCAAUACCCAUGGCUACAGCGAUACCUUUGAGUGGCACAGCCCCCAUACAGACCAAACCAAAAGGGAUGAAUGGAAACGGCUUUACUGUCAGAUUGUUGCCAUUGACGCUUUGAGAUUUGACGACCCAAGACAGCAGUUCACUGAGAUAAGCAUCAAACGAGAGCUACUCAAGGCGUACGUCGGCUUCAAGAGGGAUAACGUUCCUACUGAAUACACUUCUGCUAUUGCUACUGGCAACUGGGGAUGUGGAGCUUUUAAAGGUGAUCCAAUGCUCAAAGCUCUUAUUCAGAUGAUGGCUGCAGCUGUGGCUCAGAGAGACUUGGCCUACUUCACCUUUGACAAUGAGCAGCAGGCAGAGCACCUGCAGAGAAUGCACAAGUUACUGAAGAGUCACAACAUGACUGUGGGCAAGUUAUACAAUCUGCUGCAGGACUACUGUAAGCACUACAGUCUUCAUCAUCAUCAUCAUCAUCAUCAUCCUCAUCAAGUGAAGAAUGUGUUUGACUACAUCAGGGAGAAGCUGGCUAUUCGCUCCAGUCAGCUGUGAAAACCUGCUGCUCUUUUGAAGCAAUACAUUAAAUCAAUGCUAUAUUUCUCUUCGUGAAGAAACUGUAAAUUGUGUUCAAUUUUGGUUUCAGGGUUUAUAUUUAAUCGCAGCAGAACACUUACAGUAAAUGAAAAUGGUGUCUUCGGUGUGACGCACUUUAGAAAAGUUUCAAUGGGCUUUUCAUUACCAAAAAAAUUAAAAUACAGGGUAGAUAUUUCUUUUAAUAAGUAAUUAAUAAGUGUCAGUGUUUUUUGUUUUUGUUUUUUGGAAAUUGAAAUGAAAAUCCUUUUAAUUGCAACGUUGUAGUUUAAGAAAAGAACGAAAUGAAAAUGUCACUGACACCAAGAUGCUUUUAUUGAACAAGGUAUGUCAAGAGACCAAAAUAAUAUCCAAUAUUAAGAAAAUAAAUAAAAUUCACUUUCACUUGUUUUUAUUGUUUGACAAUAAAAAGGAUAUUUAAUUUUUC